UGUGUGUAAAAGUUAAAGAUCACAACAUCGGAGAAUUUAGUUAGAUGUGCUAACUUCAGGAGCAUUGUUUUAAGACCGCGCAUGCUGUGCAUUACUGAACACCUGCAACAAAAAUGGCCAGCUUAACACAAAAUUCAAGUGGUUUUCUCGCUAAAUUAUCGGCAUUAGUUGGUGCUCCAGAGGAUGCUCUUUGUCUUCUCAUCUCUAUUCUCUUAGGUUUUCCAUUAGCUCUAAUACAUAGGUAUACACUUUAUGGUCAAGAUCCGAUUAAUCAACAUUUAUAUUUUAUCAUUUGUGGAGUAUUGCUGGGCUUUUGGAAUUACGGUUGGAGUAUACUUCAUCCGAUAAUUACAGUCUGUGUUACUUAUGCAAUCAUUAAAAGACUUGGUAGUACAAAACAAUGCGUUCAAGCAUCUUUUUUAUUCAACAUGGCUUAUUUAUUUUACGGUUAUUUAACUACAAGCACAGAAGAUUAUGAUAUUAAAUGGACCAUGCCACAGUGUGUACUAGCUCUUAGAUUAAUUGGUCUUUCCUUUAACGUAUGGGAUGGUUCAAAACCUGAUAGUGAAUUGUCUGCAUUUCAAAAACAAACCGCAAUCAAAGAACAUCCGACUUUAUUGGAAAUUGCGGCUUUCUCCUUCUUCCCAGGAUCAUUUUUAGUUGGUCCUCAAUUUAGUAUGAAAAGAUAUCAAGAUUACGUCAACAAUCGUCUUAUUAACAAGAGUGGAAAUAGUGAAAGUUUGCCAGAUUGCAUAAUUCCUGGUAUUCAACGUUCAUCUCUUGGUUUUGUUUACUUGGCGUUUUAUCAAAUUGGAAAUCAAUUCUUCCCUGAAAAGUAUUUGUUGAGCUCAAAUUUUGAAAAUUUGAAUUUCGUUCAACGUUGUUUUAGUGUUGGAAUAUGGGGUCGUAUUAAUUUAUAUAAAUACAUCAGUUGCUGGCUUAUGACCGAAGGAGUAUGUACAGCGUUUGGAUUGACAUACAAUGGAAAGGAUUCUUCCGGUAAUUUAAAAUGGGAUGGCUGUGCAAAUGUUGAAUUAUUGACAUUUGAGAAUGCAACUCAAUAUGAUCAUUAUAUUCAAUCAUUUAAUAUUAAUACAAAUCAUUGGAGUGCAGAAUAUGUUUACAAGAGACUCAAAUUCCUUGGAUCGAAGCUUUAUAGUCAAAUAGCAACUCUUGCCUUCCUUGCCGUAUGGCACGGCUUCCAUUCUGGUUAUUACAUGUGUUUUAUCAUGGAGUUCAUUAUUAUGUACUUUGAAAAAGACAUGGUACCAGUUUUGAAAAAGCAUGAACAACUUCAGCUACUGGUUAAAGAAAAUUUUGUUGCAAGGUUUGCGUUUUGGAUUCUUUUAAAGGUUUAUACCUUAAUUUUCAUGGGUUACGCGAUCGUACCCUUUGUCUACCUUUCGUAUCCAAAAUAUAUGCAGGUGUAUGGCAGCAUAUAUUAUUGUGGUCAUGUGAUAUUCUUUAGUUAUCCUUUACUCGCACCUUUUAUUAAAAAAGCCAUUCGUCAAAGUCGUCCCAGAUCGCAUCAAGAAUAAAGAUGUAAAAAGAAAAAAAAAAAAAAAGAACACAAAUUUUUGGACGGAUAAAUACGAGGUACAAUUGAAUUUUUCUUUUGGGGGGAAUAUUCUUCAAAAAAAAAAUGGGAUUCGAUUUUUAUUACUUAGCGAGCAGUAGAUAAAAAAUGUGCACUAAAAUAAAGUCUUUUUCGUCCUCAUCAAUUUUAAUGUAUCUUAUGAAAGAUACAUUUUAGAUGAAAGGUAGUUCCGUGAUAUCGAAGACUGAUACUUGUUUUUUCUUUUCUUUUUUUUUUAAAAACUUAUACUUUCUUGUCUUCGUGCAGUCCAAUUACAGAGUUAUUAUAUACAUGUUUUCGGAUUUAAAUGAGAUAUAUAUCAUUUAAAAAAAAGAAAAAUCCGAAUAGAAUAGAAAUAGAAAAUUAAUUGAACAAUUUAAUUAUUGACAAAUAAUUAAUUAAAAAAAAAAUCUCAAUUAGAGAAUAAAAUGAAUGAUAUAGGGAAAAAAAAGUGGAUUUAAAAUCUGUUUAUUAAUUUUUUCAUUGCAUUUUAAAAAAAGAAUUUUUAGUUUGAAAAAUUUAUAAAUUAAAAAUGUUCCGAAAUAUGGAAAAAAUUUUCUUUAAAAUUGGAAAAAUUGUUUAAAUUUCAAAAGUGAAGUAGUUUUAAAGAAAUGAAUGUAGGAAAAGUGAAAAAAAAAUUUCUCGUUAAGAAUUUCGGAGAGUUUUUCAAAUAAAAAUAAUGGAAAUUGAAAGAUUAAAAUAAUGAAAACUGUAUUGAACUAUAAAAUUGUAAUUAUCUUAUUAAUACAGUGACGACUGUAUUGAUAAUCAUGACUGUACAACUUUUUUAAACUAGAUACUUGGCUGAAACUUUUGUAAAAUAUUAACAACCAGCCAAUCUUUUUGGAUAUAAGGAAAUUAGCUUUAAAACAACUGCCGCAUUCUGGCGACAUCGACACAGAAGAGUUAUAUUUAAAAAAAAAGAAAAUGUACAUAAGGUUGUGAAAAAGACAAAGAAAGAGAGAAAGAGAUCAAGUUUCAUACCAUUAGAAUAUUGUAAUUUACGAUGAUAAUAAUAAUUGCUCGCAGAUAAA